UUUAUUUUAAAUAAACAAUAUGUGUUCUAUAUGUAGUAUGUCUACACCAGGUGGCAGCAGUUCGAAAAAGAAAGGCGUCAGAGGUAAAUACAAGGGCAAGAAUGUUGAGGAGGAGCUCUCCAAAACACAAUCUGCCAAGUUACCGAUUGAGGUGCACGCAGAGACUGGCACCCCCGUAGGCAAAAACGGAAAAAAAUUCAACAAUAUGGCCAAAUGGAUGACUCGGAUGUCUAUCCCCAUUAAUAAAUUCAAAUGGGAAGAUGUCAGUAGAGCUGACAUCAACGCACUCUGGGAUAGACUUGAGACCAAGUUUGUCCUCCCACGAGAUAACCCUACAUUCGUAGACUACGGUGAGUACGAGAUGUCAAAGGGUUUACGUGACUGGAGGGCAGACUGCAAGAAGAAGUGGAUACAAAACAUUGAGGAGCUUGGACAGGAGAGGGCCGACAUGUCACCUCCUGAGGGAGUAACUCAAGAGGUGUGGAGUGACUGCAUCGCUUAUUGGAGCACAGACAAACAAAAGGCGAGAGCAGCGAAAAAUAAAGAAAGUCGGGGUAAGAUGAAAUUUCUAGGAGGCUGGGGCUCCAAGCCUAUUGUUUCACAUGUUGUCGAAGGGGCUAACCCCGACACAGGAGAACUGCCAACUGCGGUGGAAACUUUUCAAAAGUUUCACCAUAAAGGCAACGAUUGGCGCAACGAGUUCGCGCAACAAGCUUACGAGCAAAUGGUUGAAAUAGCGGCAACUCAACCAGCGCCCACUGAAGAUGAGCCCGAAGAGCCUGCUGUCGAUCCUACACAGUACCCCCGAGACUUACCUGUUAUGACGCAAGUACUCGGGGAACGAUCUCGGCAUCUUAGAGGCUUUGGCCAUCUCCCCAGACUGAAGGGAGUUGGGGCCAAAAGAGCACCUGCCACGCAUCCUUCAGCCCAACCGACUGUUACAAUGGAACAGUACGAGGCUUUACAGAAAAAAGUGGAGGAAGCGGAGCAGACAACUCAACAUACGAGGCAGCAGUAUGAGACACAACAACUCUACCUCAGACGAUUCCAAGAUCAGUUUGAGUAUCUUUCUCGAGCUGUGCCGGGUUUCAACUUGCCUCCCAUGGAUCUUCCACCAUUGCCCACUCCUGGUGCUGGAUCAUCGGCUGCUGCUGGUGCUGGAUCGUCAUCGCAGCCUCCCGAGACUCAGAGAAACAACGAUGACGACAUUACCCGCCUAUAGAACUGUACUUUUUUUAUUAUCCAGUUCGAACAUUUAACAUUUUGUUUAUA